CUCACAUGUUCACAACACAGCAGCAGCAGCAGCAGCAGCAGUGAAGUGCACACCGAGCCCUGGUCAGGUUUUCCUCCUUAGAUAAAUAAUCUGCUCAAAAGCAGCUGCUCUCCUGUCAGCGUCCUCUGCUCCGUCAGCCAUGAGUGACAGCGAUGAUGAUGAUGAUGUCCCUGCUCUGUCCGCUCACACUCUGGCUGCCCUGCAGGAGUUUUACAACGAGACCACAGCUCAGGAUGAGAGCUCGACACCGGGAGACCAGUUCGCUGUGGGAGCAGUGGAGGAGGACUGGCGGAUGAGUCAGUUCUGGUACAGUGAUGAGACAGCGACUCAGUUAGCCGAGGAGGUCGUACGUGAAGCCGGAGAGGGAGGCAGGAUCGCGUGCGUGAGCGCCCCCAGUGCGUACCAGAAGUUGAAGCAGGGCGUGGUGGACGGAGCGGACCGCGUGUCCGCCGUCGUGUUGGAGUACGACCGCCGCUUCGCCGCCUACGGAGACGACUUCAUCUUCUACGACUACAACGAGCCGCUGUCUCUCCCAGCCCACGUGGCCCCUCAGAGCUUCGACAUCGUCCUCGCCGACCCGCCGUACCUGUCCGAGGAGUGUCUGAGCAAAGUGGCCAAAACCAUCCAAUACCUGAGCAAAGGCAAAGUGCUGCUGUGCACGGGAGCGAUCAUGGAGAAAUGUGCCAAGCAGCUCCUGGAUGUCAGAAUGUGCAGCUUCCUCCCCAAACACAACAGAAACUUGUCCAACGAGUUCCGCUGUUUCGUCAACUAUCCGUCUCGCCUGCUGUCCUGCCGAGGAGCAUCAACCUCCGACUGACCAGAACCCGAGAGCCUGAUGGAGUGAGGACGUGACAAAACGUGACUCCCUGAUGAUGUCAUGGUGAUGUCAUCAGGUGUAAGUUUGGAGACUACGGAGUUUAACAUUUAUCUGCUUCCUUUAAGACUUCUGGCUGGAAGACGUCGGCUUGAACCAGAAACAAGAACUGACAAAAAAAAAAAAGACUCAUGGAGUUGCAUUAUGGGAAAUGUAGGAUCCAGUGUGUUUGAGGCAAUACCCAUGCAACUCUGGCCUUAUGUGGUGUUAUGUGGUGUUAUGUAUAAGCUCUCUAACAAAUCAGUCUUUUUUAGGAGUGCACCAACUUUAAGUGGCACUCAGGGAGUUUAAUUUUCCCCUUUCAUUGAGUAAAGUUUUUUCAGUUUUUCUGUUGGGUUGAUCUUGUUCGAUCUCAAACCCCGUAUUUGCUGAAAUUAAAACCCUGGUGGAGCAGUUCAAGACGUUUUUAUAAUUAGUCUACCAGCAUACAUUUUAGAGACGUGUAUACCUCACCUUUGACCCAAAUAUUAAAAUGAUAGCCUCACAAUCCAGAUGUCUAAACGUACAACAGAGAGAACAGAAGAAAGUUUACACUUUAGUUUUACACUUUACACAAGGCACAAAAUGAGAACUUUAUUGUGAGUCUUGAAAACAGAUGCACAGCUCCUCUAGUGGCAGACCACACCAGGGACCGGUUUGACUUUUUUUGCACGUUUUAUUGAUUCCUGAUCAGACAGGACAGAAAAAAAAACCCAUCAGUUCUGAGUUCAAUGACGCAGAUGAAAAGGAGCCAGAUGAAUGGGAGUCAGAACCUAGGGGUGCUGGUUCAGCUCAGAUGAUAGAGAAGGGGUCCCAUGUAAUGGGGCUGGAGUCCUCGUCGAUGAACUGGUCGCAGGUUCAAUAUUUCCUGUCUCUAUACCUGUCCUGUCAAAUAAAGGCCAGAACGCCAAAAAAAAAGAA